CGCUGAAAGGCACGGACAGCAGGUGCGGGGACUCGAGUUAUCUGGUGGCGCUGAAGUUCUCUCGAAGAAGAAGCAUGAUUACAGAAUUCCUGCUGGGUCUCUUGUCUGUGGUUCUGCUAUGCCUGGCGCUCCUGCAGAAACCCCGUGGGCUGCCUCCGGGGCGCUGGGGGCUUCCUCUUCUCGGCUCGAUCCCUCUCUCUAGGAAGUCUCUCGAGGGGCAUCUCCUGGACCUCAGACGCCGCCACGGAGACAUCUAUGUGUGGCGGAUAGGGACGCAGACUGUGGUGUUCCUGCAUGACUACCACAUGGCCAAAGAAGCCUUCACGCGCCCCGAGUUCCUUAACCGGCCUGACUGGAGCAUCUUUAAGUUGAUGGUGUCGGAUAAUAAUUCAGGCGUCGUGGGCAGCAGCGGGGCCACGUGGCACGCGAACCGCCGCUUCACCCUCAGACAGCUGCGCGACCUGGGUAUGGGCAAGUCGCGGAUGGUGUCAGUGGUGCAGCGGGAGGCACAGUGCCUGGCGGAGGAGCUGGGGAAGCAGGCGGGCAGGGCGGCGCCGGUGCCACACGCGCUCACCGUCUGCGUCUUGAAUGUCCUGUGGCAGUUGGUGGCUAGCAAAAGGUUCAGCGUGGACGACCCCGUUAUACUGGACCUCGAAGGACUCAUCGACGACACCCUGGCAAAGAUGGCACGCCUCACGGUGCCAGACUUCCUGCCGUGGCUCUCCCGCGCCUUCCCCCUGGCACUGCAGAAGCGGCUCUUCGCCCUCGAUAUACUGGAGGUGAUGAAGGACAAGUUCUCGAGGUUCUGUGAGGAACUCAUCGACGACCACAAGCAAGCGCUGGACCCAAGCAAUCCGAGAGAUCUGAUUGAUGCUUACUUAAUUGAUCUGCAGGAGAGAAGAUUGAUCGGCGAGGAGGAGACGGACCGUUCGAAGGAUUUGUCCAAACUUGUCUUCGACAUGUUUACGGCUGGGAGCGAGACCACAACAAACACCCUGACGUGGAUGCUGUAUUACCUCGCUGCGUUCCCGGAUGUGCAGACGAAGAUGCAGGAGGAGGUAGACCGGGUUUUGCCCAAGGAUGCUCUGCCUACUCUCGACGAUAGGCCUAGGUGAGGAGAGGCCUACGGGUGUUGGUGUUUCGUGGAUUUCUUCGUAGA